GAAUAUUUCCUACAACCCCUUGAGAGAGAUCUUCCCCGGGCAGUUUGAGACCCUGCCCCAGCUGCGGUCUCUGAGCUUGGAAGGGCUGGAGAUCCCCAACAUCCACAACCUGACCUUCCAGAAGCUGACCAACCUCUCCCACAUCUACUUCAAGAAGUUCCAGUACUGCAGCUACGUGCCCCAUGUGCGCAGCUGCAAGCCCAACACCGAUGGCAUCUCCUCCUUCGAGAACCUCCUCGCCAACAUCAUCCUCCGCAUCUUCAUCUGGGUCAUCGCCUGCCUCACCUGCUUCGGCAACCUCUUCGUCAUCUGCGUGCGGUCCUUCAUCGUCACGGAGAACAGCCAGCACACCAUGGCCAUCAAGUCCCUGUGCUGCGCAGAUGGCCUGAUGGGCAUCUACCUCUUCAUCAUUGGAGCCUUCGACCUCAAGUACUCAGGCGCGUACAACAAGCACGCGCAGGGCUGGAUGGGCAGCCUCCCGUGCCAGCUGGCGGGCAGCCUGGCCAUGCUGUCCUCCGAGGUGUCAGUCCUGCUGCUGACCUACGUGACCCUGGAGAAAUACUUCUCCAUUGUGUUCCCGUUCAGCCACCACAGAGCUGGCAAGAAGCAGACCAUCUCUGUGCUAGCGGUCAUCUGGCUUCUGGGCUUCUCCCUCAGCAUCGUCCCCCUGUGGUGUAAGGACUCCUUUGGGAACUACUACGGGAGGAACGGGGUGUGCUUCCCGCUGCAGUCCGACCUGGGCGAGCGGCCCAGCGCCCGGGGCUAUUCUGCCACCAUCUACCUGGGCUUGAAUCUCGCAGCCUUCAUCGCCAUCGUCUUUGCUUACUCCGGCAUGUUCUACUCCAUCCACGUCACCGCGUCCAACACAGUGGAGAGGGGCGUCUGCUCCCGCGAAGUCACCAUCGCAAAGCGGUUCUUCUUCAUAGUCUUCACUGAUGCUCUCUGCUGGAUACCCAUCUUCCUCCUCAAGCUGCUCUCCCUGCUGCAGGUGGAAAUACCAG